GUCUAUUGUUCAGCUGUUCAGCUGUUCAGCUGUUCAGAAAGGACAAUACCAGCAAAGUGGGGGAGUCGGGAUAUCUGACUUCCGGGUGUCCCUUCACCUUCACUUUACCAAAUCGUCUCCCAGCCCCCUCAAUUCCAGCUUUCCAAGCCCACAACCUUUUCGCUAAUAUUGAUAGCACACUGAGCAUACUUUGCACUGCAAACUCCUCAGCUCUUUACACGAUUCUCCAUUUCCCACUCGUCCCUAACAAGCUCGCCUUGAUCAUCUCAUACGUUCUCACUUUACAUUCCACAACCAAGAUACCCCCUGAGAUGUCUCCAAAGACUCUCCUCCCAGAUUUCGCAGUGGCGGUCAGCCAGAUGGCUGUUCAAGCUGCAACCACAGCCUACCCGACCGACUACAUCGUCGAGCACAUCCUCAAGCUCAGCAACUAUCUCAUCGACCUUGCGGGCACCUGCAACCUCUUUGGCAAGCCCGAACUCGAUAUCUACAGCCCUAGUCUCAGCACUCUGUUCGACCGCCUGCAGAAGAAGCAGGUCGGUCCAAGCCUGUUGCCUCACGGCUUUCUCACUGCCGAGCGCAUUCACGCACGCAUCUACGAGCGUGUCGAUGAAGAGGCCACCCACCGCCCUCUCGCCGACUACGAGGACAUAUACUAUGCACUCGUCGCACGCAUGCAGGAGAUGCAUCAGUUGUUGAAUCUCCGCAUCGACAGCGGCUUCAACGUUGCGACUGGGAACAUAUCCGAAGGCGGCCCCAGCAUCGCCGAGCUUCACAACAGUCUGUCUGAGUACUGGAACAUCCUCAACAACCCAUCCUGCGGCAAAGCGCUCGACGAUGCGAUCCGCGAGGCAAGGCUUGAGUCGCUCCGCUACGAAUUGGUCCAUCAAGUCGAGAAGAACAACAUGACUCGGAAGGACGCGCAUGAGCAGUUGUCGCAGCUUUACAGCUCAGAUGUCUACAACGGGAUCCUCGGGCUCAACUUUGUCCAGGACUGGGCGCCGCCCAUGAUCGGUGCUUACUUGGAGUCGAAGUACCGCCGCAUGCUUGACUUGGAGAAGGAAGAAGCUGUCGUCAAGGCAAGACUGGAGCGCCGCCAAGACAAGAUGAAGACGAUGCGCGAGGCUCUCGCCGCCACGUCAGCUGAAGAGAAGCUCAUUGCUCGCCGCCAUGCCCGCAACAAUGCACGCAGGGCUGCUCCAGUAUGCGACGUCGACUACGAAGUCAGCCGCCCCGCCAAAGCUACGCCCGUCGGAUCCGAAAACACCACCAAGUCCACCGGCUCUGAGCCUAACAACAACAAGAUAUACCACUUCACGGGCAAAGCAUCGAUGCAGCACUCCCCCGAACACCAAGCUCAGAUCCAUCCUGGUCAUCACUACGAAGAGCACACGGCCGCCUACUACAACCAACCCAUUGAGGAUAUCAUUGCUCACAAGGAGAUGCAUAAGGUAGCUCAGUGGCAGAUCAAGGAACAACGCGUGUCAGAGUACAGCGAGUACCUCCGCGCUCGCGCUAGCCAGGGCGCCCAGAACAGGGUUGAGGGUAGUCAGAGCUCCGUGUCGGGCAGUCCUUUCGGCACACCUCCUCCUUCUUGGGUUCGCGGCCCUUUCCAUCACCCGGAUAUGGAUUACAGCCAGUACGAGAAGUUUUGAGACUGGAUGACGUGGUUGAGUUGAUGGAUAGGAUAUACGGAUUGAUGAUGUCGCCGAUGGAUGGGCAGGGAGGGCAGCGGAUGAUUGAAUAGGUAGAUUGAUCAGUGAAGGCUAUACCCAAGUGGUACCACACGAGAGACUAUACAUAUAUAGACAAACAGUGGUAGCUGGAGAAAUUGGUCUUCGACGCUCACGUCGUUGCGAUUCCUUGCUUGCUUAUAUAAACAAUUGAAACACUUAACUCUUAGAGCUCC